AUGAUCUAUACCUUCGCGGGAAAGAAAAUCUUCGACAAGCGACGAGAGCUUGUGAGAGCAAAUGAACGCAUAUCACCUGACACCCUACCCAAAGCACUCCAGAAGCUCUCAGACCGAGCUCCUCCCAACCACCAACUCCGCCGAAGAACCCCCUCCGAUAAACCCUCUAGACCGGGAUUACCUCCUGUCCAACCAUCUUGUACAAGUGUGCAUCCCAAUAAACAAGCCAACGCGGCUAUGUGGGCCUAUGCAAAAGUCUCGCUACUGUUCUUCCUCGCUAUGAUGAUCACGUGGAUUCCAUCGACUGCAAAUCGCAUCUAUUCCAUUUUGUACCCGGGCAUGGUUAACAUGUCUCUGCAAUAUGUUUCUGUAUUUGUGUUACCGCUGCAGGGGUUUUGGAAUGCGUCGAUUUAUAUUAUCACGAGUAUGGAUGCUUGUAAGGUUCUCUGGAAGAGAUUAGGGGAGCCGGUGGUGAUUUUAAAGGGGGCCGGGGGGUGA